AGUAUAUGUGAGCCGGCUUCUUUUCCUUUAAGAGAAGUUUCCUUUAACUCACCUGAAGUGACACACCUGAGCUCAACUUCCGGAGGGCCGCACAACCGGAAAGAACGAAAACAACAUCAACAGAAGAAGAAGAUCAUAUCGUUACGACGGACAUGUCUCUGCUGACAGAAGAUGCCCAGUGCCCAACAGGAAGUACCAAGAUGCAGGACAGUGGGGGGCUGGAGGAGGAGGAAGAGGAGGAGGAGGAGGAGGAGGAAGGGGUGGGGGUGAGGUCGGCUUUGAUGGAGCCUGACACCCUGCAGUGGCCUGGGGACAGACAGACAGGUAAAGGUGACCGGAGGAGUUGGACAGAAAGUGAGAGGGGGCCGAUGGCAGAGGGAGAGUGGAGGGGGGGGCAGAGGGGAGAGGGGGGGGAGGAGGGGGCGGAGCCUGGGGGGAACUACCUGCCAGAGAAAGCUGCUCAGGUCUUCAGUCCGGCGGUUACCGUCCUCCACUCCCCGUCCCCGCCCAGAGGCAGCGAGGCAUUCUGGGAGAUGGAGUCUGAGAAGAGCCCCUUCCUGGGUUCUGAAGUCCCUCAGGACUACAACCAAGAUGGCUACAGGUACGAGUGGACCGAGGACACGCCCCCUCACGCGUGUGGGCGGGGCUGUCCCAGCCGGGACGUCCUGAAGGUGGGCGUGUCCCUGAUGACCUCAGCUCUCUUCUUCCCCCUCCUGGUGUGGGGCGGGUUUGUCUUCCUGCCGUUUGACGCCCCGCUGCUGGACGGCGCCCCCCUCCGGCUCGUCUACACGCUGCGCUGCUCGGUGUUCGCCGCCGCCCCCAUCGUCCUCGGUUGGCUGGUGCUCGGCGUCAGCCGGCUCCGGUCGGAAGGCGUCCGCCCUCUGUUCGAUGACGAGGGCAAGGAGGCGGAGCUCCACGAAGUCACCGUCCAUCAGCGCUUCGUUUCGGACUCCGCUUCCUUGUUCCUGAUCUACUUCCUGCAGCUGGUCGUCAUGGCGAUGUACCUAACCCAAGAUCAGCUGAAGCUCAUCCCGCUGUUGACCAUUGUCUUCGCCCUCGGGCGGCUGGUUUACUGGGUGGCAGCAGCGUUCAGCAGCAGCAUCCGGGGCUUCGGCUUCGGCCUCUCCUUCCUGCCGAGUCUCGCCAUGAUGGCCGCCAACUUCUACUUCAUCUUCUCUGUGGAGGCGUCUGGCUCCGUCUUCGUCCUCCCGUCUCCAGCCGAGCUGCUGCCGACUCCACCCGCCGGCAAACAGAGGUUCUGGGGAUGAGCUGAUCAGCUGAUCGAUCAACUUCCAAAAUCAUUUUCAUCUACUGUUUUUUUUUAAUGAACCAAACGGCAACAGAAAAAAGCUUUUUUGUUGAUAAAACUCUGAAAUGUCUGCAGACAUAUCAGCUGGUUAGGGUUAAGCCCCGCCCACUUUAGAACGAGCUGUUUAGCUGCUUCCUGUGUGUUUUCCUGUUCACUCGUCUGUCAUUUGGAUUUGUUAAAUCUUUUCAUUGAUCGUUACAUAUUUAAGUCUUCAUUAAAAUAAACAUGUUUCCUUCUUGCAUAAAAUCAUUUAGUAUUAUAUUACAAAAUAAAAUGUAAUCCACUCUAAUUCAAUCUAUUUUAGAAUCCAGAUGGAGAUUUAAAUAAUAUAGUGUAUGUAAAAUAUAUGUAUAAGUAAAUAUCAGUCUGUAUAUACUAUUAUAUAUGAAUGUGAGUGCAUAGUAAUACAGAGCAUUACAGAAGUGGUCACCCAUUGGAAACCAUGAACCCGCUUUGAUGUGACCUUCGUAGCUCUGGCUGUGUGUUGAGGGUCAUCAUCCUGCUGCAGGAUAAACACUCAAGUCUUCUGCAGACCAUCAUGUCCUCUUCAAGGAUUGUCCUGUACUUGUCUGCGUCCAUCUUUCCCUCGUUGUGACUGGUUUCCUGCUGAGAGAAGCAUCCCCUCAGCAUGAUGCUACACCACCACGUUUCCCUGUUGGGGUGGUGUGCUCGGGGUGACGGGUGGUGUUGGCUUUCCUCCACACAACUAUUUACAUAAGAUUGCAGAUAACAUGAAUUAUAGAUUUUCAAUAAAGGUUUAGAUCAAAAAUGAGCAGCCAUCUUGUAAGUCAUUUCUACAUUCCAUUUGCAAAAUGAGCUCCUCCUUCUCAGCUCAGCAAACGUGCAACUGAUUAAGAUCACACUAAGUCAAGCUUUCUUACUCAUCCUGGAUUCCUUUAUUCUAGUUUUGUUCAAUAGCCCCCUGG